GAGUGGCAGUGACCGUCUUGUUGAUGCUGUGAAAACGGGCUCGCGGCGCAUGCACUCUCUUUCUCUACGUCGAGGACGGCAAAACCACUGUUAUUGGCCUCCAUCCUCGAUCCUUCCCAACCUUCAUGCCAUCGGACCCGCUAGUAAUUCGUCUGCAAGAUGCUGUUGCAGAAUACGAGCGCCAAAGCGGAGUUGCGCUCUCCUCGUCAUCUCUCGAUUCGGUCAGCGCCAUUUUGGAGUUGGUCGAACACCGUAAAGCGGACUUUCUCGCUUUCCGGGAGGACGGGCGCCGGAUGCGGGACAAGGUGAAGCCAGUUGCUAAAGUAGUGCAGUCGCUAUGUCCCAUCCUUGGAGAGGCUUUUACAAUGCCCUUCUCCCCUGUCAAAGCUAUAUUCGCUGCGAUCGGCGUCGCCGUCGAGGCCUCGACAAGAGUCAAGGAAGAUUACGACUCCAUUGUGGAUGCCUUCGACACAAUGGAAGUUCACCUUCGUAUCAUCACUCCAAUGCCUAUUGACCAUCACGCUGCACUGCGUGAGCCAUCGGUCAAAUUGCUCGAGCAGAUGCUGGUCAUUCUCGGGCUCGUCAUGCGCCUCCGAAGAGACGGCAGACUCAAACGGUGGCUGCAGCACAUCCGUCAAUCGGAUGAGGUUGCGUCGGCUCUCGCCGACCUAGGGCGUCUCGCCAUGAAUCACCAUGAGGCUGUCGCUGCUGUGACGCUAUCUGUAGCCCAACAAACAUUGACUAUACUCAGCGAUAGCAUUCACUGGAAUGCUCAAAAUAUGGUGCCGAUCUUCCUGAGGCGAAUCGCAUUACAGACACAAGAAAUAUAUAAUGAAAUGCGCUCCUAUGCGUCAACGUGUCAGCAACAACUUGUUGCCAAUCGAGAGCUAUUAGAGGAGUUUCGUAAAAGAUUGGUCGACGUUGGCGAGGAAACGAGAAUCAAAAACAGGGCCCAUGAUAUAGACAAGAUAUUCGAUUGGCUCGCUUACCCGGACUCUUCUGGUGUGAUGAAUGCCCUACUGGGCGCUCGAGUUAGCGGAACAGGCUCCUGGGUAUUGGACAGUCGAAGCUUCGCUUCUUUCAUGUCUGGUGAUAAACACGCCAUCUGGCUUCAUGGAAGCGCUGGAUGCGGCAAGAGUACGAUGAUGUCAGCCGCUAUUCUCGAGCUUCAGGCGUUUUGCGUCAUUUCCUCGUCACCCUCGAUCAUACUCUCGCAUUUGUUCGAUGCAACAGACAGCUCCAGAUCUGGAAAGCUAGGGGAACUUCUGGCGUCCCUGCUCUGCCAAGUAGCAUAUCAUACCACCGAAGGCUUAUCCGCGCUGCUAAAGCUGCAUGAAAGGCAGAUGCACGGGCACUCCAAACCGUCGCCGGACGUCAUGCAGCACGAGCUCAUGUCGAUUUUGGCACGAGUCGCCAUGCGCACGCGAAUCUUCAUUGCUGUCGAUGCAUUGGACGAGUCUUAUAGCAGCGAUCUAAUCUCCUUGUCGCUACGACGCAUGCUUCAGGUGCACGGGCAGAUAUCACUUAUGGUAUCCAGCCGAACCGAGGCGCCGAUUCACCAAUCCCUCCAUCGAUCGUGCGACAUCGAGUUUCAUAUGCACAGAAACCUUGUCAACAAGGACAUCGUGACAGUGCUGGACAAAGCGCUUGCGCCGUGCGGGGCCCUAUCACAUGUGGCUGCUCUAGAGAUGCAACGUGUGCGGAAAGCGCUAUGCGUGGGCGCGGAUGGGAAUUUCCGAUGGACCGCACUGCAGAUUCGUGAGAUUGCCAAGGACGCAGGCGUUCCAGUUCGGCUCCGUAUGAAGCUACGGCGGAUGCCAAGGACUCUGCGAGGGAUAUACGAGGACCUCUUCAAAUCGAUGACCGACGAUGAGAAAGAGGUGAUUCGUCCCCUCCUGGCUUGGCUCAUGUUUUCUCGAGGGCCAUUGAGCAAGGACGUAGUUGCUGAGCUCCUUGCCUUCGAUCACGAGCUGUCCACACCCAAGUUCGAUCGAUCUCUGCGCCCCUCUUCGUCGCAGCAGGUCCUCAGCAUGCUGAGUUCGACUUUGGUCUCGUACUCCGGCGAUUACAUUCGCAUCGCGCACGCUUCAGUACGUGACUACUUGCUGGAUCGUCUUUCAUCGGGCUGCGUCGACGAACAACAGGCGAAUCUCCUCAUGGCUCGUAUGUGUAUGUCCUAUCUUACGGAGGUCGGCUUCGCCCAACGCCCAGUACGGUUGUGGACGAAGUUCCCUCUGCAUUUCCAUGCCGGAAGGUACUGGUCUUCCUAUGCCGAUAAAGCUCUGGAGCGAUACCCGGAGCACCGGUCGGAAAUAGUCGACUUCUUAGCCAAGAUUCCUUACCGCGACGGUCGCAUCCUCUGCGACUCGAUGAUGGCUGAGCGUCAUCUCAAUGUGCUCAUGGUUCUUUCCGAAACGCGGGUCGACAUAUACAACGAUCUGACGCGGCGCGCAAGCCACGUGUAUAUUCGUGGAGUGCAGCCCAACAAGAACUCUUUCAGCGAGGCGGAGACUUUGAAAUCGAAAGGGAUCACGUGGACAUAUACGUCCAAGCCGAAGGGCCAGCAGGUGAUGUGGACGUGCACUGUUUACGUGCGCGGAAAGCGAUUCUGCAUCGAAAGUAGCGAUGACAUGGUCACUGCGCGUGGGCAUGCAGUGGCUCAUGCUCUUUCCGCGCUUCGCAAGGAACGAAGGAAUAAUUGUAUUGGUCAAAGUGGUUGAACCAGACGUCGAAUCUUCCAGAGUCUUUAGCGAGGCUCAUCCACUUUGACUGUCACUAGUGGCUGGCACACCUGAGCCAUACUUAUACUGCGUCCGAGCGACGAAUAUCACACUACUUAUGUGGGUCUCCCUAUUUAUGCAGCAUAUUUUAUCCCAGCGUGCGCA